AUCUUUUCUCAGUAUAAUAUGUGAGAAAUUAGUUCCGCCUUUGUUGCACAAGAGUGCUGGUUAUACAAGCUCACGGAUCGAACCAAAAAUGUGAUCGUUCUAUAUUUAAACGCGGCUUAGAAUCGGUGAUAAUAGACGGAUGUCUGUUCGUGUCGCAAAAAUUGAUGAUCCCACCACUUGCUGGCGAACUGACUGGAGUACCUACAAUUGAACCGUAGUGUAUGGAGGACAACGCGGAUUCGAAGUGCAUGCGAAAUGUGAGACGAUUAUUGAUCAACAAACAUUAGAUCCCAAACUGUUGCUGUGUGGAAGAAUCUUCGUUGAAAAAAAAACGGUGUAAAUUGGAACAUGUGCUAGUGGCGGAAAUUUGAUUGAUGAAAUCGAUUCUCGCAUGGUGUUUUAUGUUCGUUUGAAUGUCUUGAAAAGUUCGUGAUCGGUGUACGUUAGAAGCAAUACGCUGACUGGUGAACGUAUAUGUGGGAAGUUCGGGUUGAAGGUGAAAAAAAGAGCGGAACGUUUAGGCGGUUUCGCUAGUGCAAACAGGAAGUUAAUGUUUUGUUAGUUGUUGAUGGUCGGUAUUUGAAGGCGCGUGCUAAAAUCAGGAAACAUGGCCGCAAACGAUAAUCAGAACCUGCUGGAUCCCAGGAAGAACGGGUCCAUCAGUAUUGUUGGAGGCAGAGGUCCAAAUCAUGACAGUGAAAAAUCACCGUUCCUACCCACGGAGCCGGUUCGGCUCACACCGGCGUGGGAGGAAAACAAUCUUCCCAACGAUGAACUCAACUUCAAAGGGAUGACCAUGGAACGGGCCAAGAUGGAGCUGAAUCCACCGCGGGACAAGCUACUGCUCGUUUUCCUUACGCUUAUGAUCCAUGGCGUGGGUACGCUGAUGCCUUGGAAUAUGUUCAUCACUGCCAAAUCGUACUUUGUAGAUUAUAAGCUUAGUCAAAACUAUACUGGUGUGGAAUCCGAGUAUGGAACCUACUUUCUUUCUUACGUUGGAUUUGCGUCACAGAUCCCCAAUUUGCUUUUUAAUUGGUUGAACAUCUUUAUGAACCUUGGCGGCAACCUGACGAAACGCAUCGUCUACAGCAUCCUCAUCGAGGUGAUUGUAUUCGUGGUAACGGUGGUGCUAGCCAUGAUCGAUUCUUCCGAGUGGCCAGGAGCCUUCUUCUGGAUUACGAUGAUCACCGUUGUAAUCCUGAACAUGGCCAGUGGCAUCUACCAGAACACGGUAUACGGUAUGGUCGCCAAGUUACCGUUCAAGUACACCGGUGCAGUCGUGCUGGGAUCCAACAUCAGCGGUACCUUUGCAUCGAUCAUUGCAAUCCUCAGUUCGCAGUUUGCUUCCUCGGUUCGAACGGCAGCCAUUUACUACUUCAUCACGGCAAUGUUCGUGCUGUUGCUCUGCUUCGACACCUAUUUCGCUUUGCCGUUGAAUAAAUUCUACCGGUAUCAUGAGAUGCUCAAAGAGAAGGAAGCCGAAAACCACAAACGAGCCGGUAUUAACGUGGACGGUCGGCCACCUUACUGGAAGAUCUUCAAGCAAGCUUUCCCGCAGCUUUUCAACGUAUUCUUCGUGUUCUUCGUCACGCUGUCCAUAUUCCCGGCUGUGCAUUCGGAUAUUAAGCGCUCCGACAGUGACUUUGUCAUUGGAGACGAUCUCUACGUGAGUGUCACGUGCUUCCUCACAUUCAACCUGUUUGCUAUGUUGGGUAGCUUGACAACGUCCUGGGUGACCUGGCCCAAGCCCAAGCACCUAGUCUGGCCAGUGAUUAUUCGAGCAGCCUUUUUGCCAUUGUUCCUGUUCUGCAACUAUCGUCCACUGGGAAUUGAACGGGUGCUUCCGAUCUACAUCGAUAACGACUGGGUUUACUGGGGAAUUGCCGCCGUGAUGGCGUACAGUUCCGGUUAUCUCAGUUCCCUGGGAAUGAUGUACACUCCACAGACUGUUGAAUCCCAGCAUGCGGUUACGGCGGGAAUGUUUGCCGCAGCUAUGCUCAUUACCGGUAUCUUUAGCGGUAUUUUGUUUUCCAUGGUGUUCCCCUUGAUCGUGCGGUACAACUUCCUCGAGUGGUUGCACUAGGGUUGGCGCUGGAGUAUGGAAAUGCUAGCUCUGGACAGCUAGAUCCAUGUUUUAUUUGUUUUUUUUUUUCUUUUACACAUACUCCGGACGUCAACUGACUUAGUGUGGCACUCGGGAACGAGGCGUUUGGUGAAACUGUCGUACAUAAGCUCAAUUUUAUCUUUCGUGUUUUAAGUUUCGUAAACUUUUUUUUUUAAUUUUUUAUUUAACGUUCUAACCUAAAAAGCAUCGAGCAUUGAGUAAUUAUUUGCAUCCUUUUGAAACGAAACCAAAUCCCAAAAUCCACUGUCGAACAUGAGAGUGAUGGAACAAACUCGAGACUUGGCCUGUAUGGAGUACCAAAACUGCGUUAAAUUUUAUUGAUUAACUUCUCAAACAUUGUGUCCUCACUAAUUUUAUGAACGUCAUGCGAAAAAAUGUAGACUGAUAGUUUUUCGUUUGGUUUCAUCUUUGUUUUAACAUUGGUUUUGAAUAGCUUUCAAAUUGUUAAGGUAGGAACUGAUUAGUAAAGUUUUUUUUUUUCUACGGUAUCGAUGAUAAGUAGACUAAAUCUUUAUGGUAUAAGAGAGCAAUGAGUGCAGAUAAACUUUAGUUAAGAUUUCAUUAGGUUAGCUUAAGUUAUUGUGUUAGAAAGUAUAUUUUUCUCAAAA